GGACUUUUGGAAAUGAGAAAGAGGAACGGACUCCUGAAGUACUCAAAGCACAUUGGUGGAACACAAUGAAAAAGGUGUUUGAUGAACAAGGUAUAUGAUUCGUUAGGCCCUGUUAACUGCUACAAAAUGAAACUCCCAGGCCCCGUUCAUACGCCAAACUUUUCAGGAGCCAGAUCAAACUCAAUUUAAAGUAAGGCCGACCCAACUUACUCGGGCGACUGACUUGAUUAAAACACCGAUCUUAAUUCCAGCAGCACUUUCAAAACGAAAUGCUCAUUUCAGUCAAAGUGCUUGCAAAAUGCCUUAUCAAUAUUUAUGCAUUAGAUUCAGCAAAUGAAAAGUUUGACGUCCCAAUUUUUCCUGUUCCAGAAUCUCUCCAAAGUUAAAAUUCCCGUCCAGGCUAAGUAGGAAGAACAGUUGACAAUUUUUCACGUACUUAAUUCAAUACACUAGGUUCAACUUAUGAAAAGUUUGGUGACUGAACCAGGCCUAACUGUGCAAUAAUAUUAUUAUCAUGAAUAAUAUUAUAAUGUUGCAAAACGAGUUUCACCAAAAGUAGACUUGCUGUUCACUCUCUCCUGUAGUCCCAAGUAGUCUUACUAUGCUAGACAGACUGUACAUACAAAUUCUUGGUUAUCACAUGACGUCACCAACAAAUUCAAAAUUAAAGAACUAUCAAUCUGGACUGGGUUUUUCAUUUUAUGAAGUGUUAGAGCAGCUAAAAACUUGCGUUUUUUUUACAAAUUUUAAUUUCGAAAGGGUUUUUCAUUUUUGUGAUAGCUUAUGCUUGAAUCUCUAACCUUUUGUAUGACAUGGCAUUUACGUGACAGCCAAGAGAGCUGUCAUGUACGGCAACACAUUUUAUUUAGAGAGAAGUUGCAGAUAUAUUUUCCUUCCUCUGGGGGUGUAUCUUGAUAAUCAGAUAACUACAGCUUGGAGCCCUAUUGUUAAAGGGGUACAUAAUUAUGAGCCUCUCUGUGGGUUAGGGUAUCUGCAGAUGUCAAUUUCAUCACCUGUUGUCCCUUAAAUCAUUGGUUUUUUAAUAAAAUUGUCUGGUAUCAAGAAUUGUUUUGUGUGGUAACGCUACAAGUGAGCUUGAGCAACACAAAAACAAUUGUCACAAUUCCUCUGUUGAUUGAAAGUCGUGAAUUCAGUUACAGUAAGUGUGUUCAGUGCCAAAUCUAGGCCAGAGAAUUAUAUUAUGAUUUCCAAUAUAUGGUAAUGGACCUUUUUUUGAUAUUAUGUUACAUCCUAGAUAUCCCACUUGAAUGAUUCCUAUUGUUUUUUUGACACUCUAGUAUCAAAAGGUCUACAUCAUGAUUGGCAAAAGUGUGUAGGAAAUAUUAGUGCUUUAAAUUGUAUCUUUAUACAUUUUGUAUGGCUUGUUUGUAAAUGUGAUUUUAUCCGCAGUAACUUUCUCUUGAAACUUGGUUUUACUAAAUUAAAAGCUAUGUUUUUACUUCUAGAUGCCUUCCAGUUAAAGCAUAAUGAAACCUUCACUGGGGAUGUUCUGUUUUUUGAAGAUGAUGUAGUUGUUGCACCAGAUUUCAUGGAAGUAAUGUGGUUCUCCCUUCUUGUCAAGAACUCAGUUCCCAAUAUCCAUUUCAGCACCCUACAGGGCAUUGGAGAGGAGAAUUUAGUUGAUCAUCAACCAGAUGCAUUUGUUGUGAGCCAAGUGCCACUUGUCCAGAGCAUUGGUUAUGCAUUUAAUUCUUCUAUAUGGGAAUAUAUCAAAACAUUUCAACAAGAUGCUAUGGGGCAUGCUGAAAAGGACUGGCCCCUUUAUCUUGGUUUAAUGUUGCUCUAUAACCGUAAUGCUACAGUCUUUAAAAUUGUGUCACCAACCAUAAGUCGCAUCUGGCAUGUUGGUGACAAUGACUUAGGUUCGACAGGUGAUCCAGAAAAGAACAGUGAAUACAAACCAGAUAUGUUACCUCCUUGGAAACGUGCUCGUGAACAAAGAUACUUAAAUCGACACAAGGCUAAUAUUUUGCCUGGUGUUAGGGAUAUGCAUGGCAGAUUGUGCCACCCAUGUGAAAUGGAGUUACAGACUUACAAGUUUUCACUAGGAAGCUAUAGUUGCCGCUGUCUCUGUCCAACGAGCAAUAUACAAAAAUACAUCAACUGGCAGAUGGCUGCAUUUUCAUCAAAUGUACAGCCAGGAAUGCGCUGUACACUUGUGUCUCAUCUCAUGACUAUGGUUUUACUUGUAUUUGUUGGUAUGUUUUUGUUUGGUUAUCUUAUGUCAUUACGUUAAUGUAGGUUGUCAUAGAAGUAAGUUUAUGGUAAUGAGUGAAAGAGAUGUUGUGUAGUUAUAUCAAGAAGAGUUUAAAAAAAACCAAAAUAUGGGCUUUUGCUUUUUGGGCCAAGCAAAGAAUAGAAUCUUUGUUUUCAACCCUUUCACUAGCCCGUGUACAGCCACCCCCUCCCCUUAAACAAAAUCCAGGAGAGAGAUGUCUCUGUUGCAUCAUCGUUAAUCGUGUGUCGCAAUAAGUUCUGUGGUUUUUGGGUCUGACAGAAUUUUGACCUUGGAAGCAGUUAACAUUGCUGAUUAAUGUUGAUACAUGCAGGAGUUGAUCCAUUCAACGAUUUUGAAUAGUUUACACAUACGAUAUAAAUAUGCCUCGUUGGUUGACUGUGGUGUUAACCUGAGUUCUGUUAAGGACUGAAACUUUGUGAUAAUAUCUGUUUUAAACAUGUGUUCAUACACAAACAAUCAUUCAAUGAUGGCAAUAAUUUUAUUCCAAUUUAUUGUAACAGCAGGGAAUUCACAGAUGCAAAAAAUUACCAUGUAUAAUAUAUUAAAAUAUAUGUUAUUGAGCAAAAGAUAUUUCAAUUUAUACUCUAGCUGUUUUCCGGUUG